AUAGUUUUUAUACUGUAAUAAUAGCAUUUUUCAUAUACUUUAUCACCUGCUGGAAAUGACUUGAAAAAAACACAUAUUGUCGUAAUCGUGUCUGUUUUUUCUCAUAGACUGUAUAAAAGGUUUUUCUGUGAAAACAAUUGUUUAUAUACAGUGAUAGUUGGACGCUGUUGCCCAUAUUAGGAGUUUCCUGGUAUGAUUUACUGCGCGAGAGCGCCCUCCGGCUUCGAGUAUGAAUGAAAGAGUUUAGCGCUCCGUGAUGUUCGUCUCGCCUUCUAGGUUCAAAUAAAAAAUCAGGUCAUGUGCAAACUAUCCUGUCUCUUUGAGUUUAAAUUUUAAUUUAUUCACACCAGUUCUUGAAAACAUCUAUACGAACACACUUGACCGAAAAAGUGCGGGGGACGAAUUUUCGUGUUAUCAAAAGUGGGGGGGGGGGGCAUGUCCCCCGCGCCCCCCACGUAAUCUACGCGCCUGUAAUAAAAGAUGUCUCCUGUGAGGAAAUGUCUCUUAGUGACAGAAACCACUUACUUGUUCCGCUUCGUCUAAAGAAUACUGAGAAAAAGGAGUUUUUCCCAUAGUGUCUUAGCAGAUGCAGUACUCAUUCCCAUAUCUCAGGGAACUGAUGUUAUGCUAGUAACUCAGUAUGAUAUCACAUGUUCAUGACCACAGCGGUGCCUUAUAAAAGUAAGCUCAAAGCAAAAGUCCAGAGCAGUGCAGUCUACUUGAAGGAAAUACUUCUAAUAAUCUCACAUUUAUAUCCAUCUCAUUAAUGCUAUGGGCAAAGAUGAAGAUAAAGAGAUGAACAUAUAUGCUAAUGAAGAUUCUGUAAACCUUCAUAAUGUCACGACAGAAACAGAGAACACCAGGAAAUACCAAACACCUCAACACACAGGAAUUGACUGUGUGAAGAUCAGAAGAUACCGAGCAGCUGUAGUGUGUUUGGUUCUGCUGUGUGUUCUUCUGCUGACUGCAGUCAUAGCGCUGUGUGUCCACAUCCAUACAAACAACACAGACUACACAGGAGACAGCAGUGAGCUACUAAUUAACAUUACCAAUCUCGCAGAAGAGAAAGACCAACUACUAACCAGGAAUACAGAUCUCACAGAAAAGACAGACCAGCUACGAACUAAGAUUGUCAACCUCACAGAAGCGAGAGACCAGCUAGUAGACAAGAACAUGCAGCUGGCAAAAGAGAGAGAUGGAUUAUUAUCAAGUAACCGGGAUCUGAUUAAACAAAGAGACCAAUUACAUCAGGAGAAAAAUGAACUGUUGAAAAGUAUUCAUGGAAUGGAUGGAUGGAUUUACUAUCAAUCUAAUCUUUACUUUGUUUCCUCUGAGAAGAAGAGCUGGACUGAGAGUAGAAGAUACUGUGCAGAGAGAGGAGCAGAUCUGAUCAUCAUCAACAACAGAGAGGAACACGAUUUUGUGAAGAAAAUAUCUGCUAAUGCUAAUGUCUGGAUUGGUUUGACUGACAGUGAAGUGGAGGGCAGCUGGAAAUGGGUUGAUGGAAGCACACUGACCUCUGGGUUCUGGGAUCCUCGAGAACCCAAUGGACAUAGAGGAGAGAACUGUGCUCUGACUUAUUCACCAGGAUGGGCUGAUUAUGCAUGUAGUGAUCUUUUUCAAUGGAUCUGUGAAAAGAGCAUUUUAAAAUAAGUCAUCACAUGAACUGCAGGUUCAUGUAAUAAGAUACAUAUGGGUACAUUUUCCCCUUAGAAUAGCUUUAUUAAAACUGCUUCUGCUAAAACACAGGUUUCUUUUUCCCUCCAUACAGAAUAUAAUGAUUUACAACACCAAACAGUGAAAUGAAAGUGCAAAUACACUAGGGCUGUAGCUAUCGAAUAGUUUAGUAAUCGAGUAUUCUACCAAAAAUUCCAUAGAUGAAUUGAGUAAUCGGAUAAAAUGUGUUUUUGCUUAAUUAAAG